GAUAGCUAAACCGCUUUUAUCAUCAGAACAUUCAUAUUCACACUUAGAGUGCUUAUCAGUGUACGUCAAUUUUUGUUUGCACGCGCUUACUUAAUGUUAUAUUUAUUCAAGUACUGAAAUUUAAAAUUCAGUCAAAGCAAAGCAUUCAAAGUGAUAACAAGCUGGAACCAAAUAAUUUAUAAUCUUCAGUCAUACAAUGGAGAAUUAUACAUCAGAUUCAUCAGAUUCCGACUCACACACAAUCGACUAUCAAAAUCGAAACUUUAAACUCUCAAAAAUCGAGGACGAUUUCUUAAACAUGUUCAAAAGUGAAAGAUCUUAUGGUGACAUCGAAACGAUAAUUCUUUACAAUAAUCAACUAGGAAGUUUACCCCUUUCAUUGGUCAAAUUCUAUAAUCUCAACACGUUAGAUGUAAGCAACAAUUUUCUGACAACCAUUGACAUUGAAGUGCUCGUUCAAUGCCCCUUAAGAACAUUGAUAGCCAAAAACAACCAGCUCACGAAUGCAUCCCUUCCGAAAACAUUCAAGUCAAAAUUGGGACAAUUACGUGAAUUGAAUCUGAGUGGAAAUCAGUUGACACACUUUCCAGAUCAAGUGCUUGAAUUGAAGUCUAUCAAAUAUUUGUAUCUCAACGGGAAUCUUAUUGAAAACAUUCACAAGGACGUUUGGAAGAUGAAGAACUGUCUGACCUUUUCAUUCCCUUUCUUUCUUUCAUUUUUGUUGUUGUUGUUUGUCGGCAGUUUGCAUCUCUUGUCGCUUGGAGGUAAUCGUCUGAGAAGUAUUCCUGAAUCAAUUGGCAGUCUUUCUCAGCUUCAAGCACUUAAUUUGUGUGACAACUUUAUCGAGCAAAUACCGUCAAGCGUUGGUCGUUUGCAUAACUUAAAAACUUUGUCAUUGCAUAAAAAUGUCAUAAAAACUUUACCACGCGAAUUAAUUUCGCUGCAAAAUCUGACAGAGCUUUCCCUUCGCGAUAAUCCGUUAGUGGUGCGUUUCGUUCAAGAACUUGCAAUGACACCAACAAGCUUAAAAGAAAUUUCAGCUCGAGUUGUAAAAACUUUUGGAGUGCCAUUUGAACCAGUCGAUGUUCCUCGAACUAUUAUAGAUUAUCUUCAAAGUGCAAAUUGUUGUGUCAAUCCUGAGUGUAAAGGUGUUUUCUUCGACAACAGAGUGGAAAAUAUAAAAUUCAUUGACUUUUGUGGGAAAUACCGAGUGCCCUUCCUCCAGUAUUUAUGUAGUUCCAGAUGUAUUGAAAACGACAACGUUUCAUCAGAUCCACAGCCAAGUGCCAGCGGUUACAUGAUGCGAAAAGUUCUGCUUGGUUAAUGGCUUGUUCAGAAAACAGAAGCAGACGAAUGUAAAUAUUUAUUAGUCAUGAGAAACUUUCCAGCAUUUUAAGCAAAAACAAAAGAAAAAAAAAUGGAAAAUUCGAAAGUCAAAUAAAUAAUUUCCUUGUUAUCAAGACAAACAGCAACAGAGUCAACGUGAUUCAAGUUUCAGUGAUAAAAUACAAUUUAAAGUUAAGAUAGCAAGCUGUUUUACUCUAAAAAUAAUUUGUUUCCAAGCUGCUUAUUGAAAUAAUGUUGAAUUGCUCUAGGUUUGUUUUGAUUAAGACUUUGUUUGAUAAUUCUAACGAGAAGAUAUUGGAAACGCUUCGAUGCAUCUUGAAAGCUUAUUGAGAAUUCAUCGAUCAUUUCAAGCAACAUGAAAUAUCAUCAAACUUCUACAUACCCUGCGAGCAUAAUAAGAUUGUGUGUGGGAAAAAGCAAAUAUGUUUUGAGAAUUUCAACUAUUUCUCCGUCUUAUGAAGAUUUAUUCACAUUUCUGCACAGCAGCGCAUUUCGUGCCAUUGUUAACAGAAUAUUUUCCACAUUCCUUUAUUUAAUCUAUUCUAUACAAAGCAAAUAAAGAUAUGCAUGAAUGUGAUGGAAAGUUAUUCAACAUGCACAAAUAAAUUGCAAAAGUUUCUUUUUCCUUUUACCUAAAUAGUUGGAUUGAAAGG